AAGCUAAAGAAGGUCAGUUUGAUUAAAACCUUGCAAGCAAAGACACCAAAAAUGUUUUUUAAAUUAAACGUAUUUCUUGUGUUAUUUAUCGUAUACACGGAGCAACAUUCUUAUAAUUUGGGCGAAUGCCCCUUGGUUGCACCGCAAAGCGAUUUUAGAAUGGAAAAUAUGUUGGGGGAAUGGUUUGUAAUAAAAAAGACGAGUACAUCGAGUUCUUGCAUCAUUUACAACUUUACGUCCACCUCGGAGCCGAAUCAUUAUCAAUUGGAGCAAAUUAGCAACACUUUUAUCCCACUAAAACACAACUACCAUUACACCGGGGAGUUAAUCGUUCAGGAUCCAACAGUUCCAGCAAAAAUGAAAGUUAAAUUUCCUUUGAAUUUAGGUUCGGCUUCUUACACCGUUUUUAUGACAGAUUAUCAAAAUUACGCGGCUAUUUUUACGUGCCAAAAAUUACCGUUAAGUAAUCGCCAAUCUGUUUCUAUUUUAUCCAGGAAAAAGGUUUUGGAUAAACUUUAUUUGGAUAAGAUUCAACAAAGAAUGAGUAGUUUCGGGGUAAACCCCUAUGAUUUAUCAAUAAUUAAUCAAAACGAUUGCAAAAAGAACAUUGAUGGUUAUAACUGGAAUGUAGAUGAUGACACCUUCUCUGUAAAAUCGGUAGCUGGCGUUAUAAGAAAAGCUGGUGAAAAAAUAGGAGAUGGUUUCGAAUAUGUAGCUGAAGGAGCAAAAAAAUUAAUUAAUAAAGGUGGUGAUGAGACAAAACAAGUUGAGAGAAGAGUAGGGCAAGUUGCAAUAGACCCUGAUGCUGAAUGGAUACCUUAAAUUAAAAAAAAAAACUUGAUUAAUACACAAUUAAGACUAACAUUAAUAAAAUGAGAUUUAAACCA